UUAAGCUUUUGUGUAAAAGGAACACCACACAAACCUUAGACAAAGCCCCUUUUUUGGUACAUCAACUACCAAGUAUUGAGCCAUGAAGGUUGGGAGCCAGAUGAAGCAGAUGGGGAAGCUGAACAAGGCGCUCAAGGAGAAGAGGGCCAAGCUCUACAUCAUCCACCGCUGCGUCGUCAUGCUCCUCCGCUGGAGUGAUUGAUCCAUCCGUCGAUCUGUUCGCCGCAGAUCGAUCGGUGAUCAAUCGUUUGUUUCAGCCGAUCAGUCCCUUCUGUUUUGGAUCUUUUUUUGCCCUGCCGAUGAUGCAUUCGGCAGGGUUGCAGAUUCCAGCGGCAUGGCCGAUAUGUAGUGCAUGCAUGGAUGUUAUUCAUUCAUGAUGCAUGCAUUGCGCUGCCUAUGUUCGCAUUUUAGGAGGGAUUGAUCGGUUGAUGGGUUGAGAUUUUCAUUUCCAUUUGUUUUUUCACUUGCUUCUCUGGAGGCAGGGGUGUGAGGAGAGGACGCCGGACCACUCAGCUACAAAGGUUGAUGUGCUUCCUUUCUCUUCCACAAAUGGAAAAGGUUGAUAUAGAUACCAGUUCAUUUCGUUGCUGGGACUCCAGUUCAAUUGGCUACAAAUGCUGGCGAUGCUGAUCACACGCAUGAUUCUGAAGAAGAUCGAAGAUAAGAAGAAGAUUAAAUAAGACGCUGAUCUCAUGGAUUAUUCUGCUGGGAUGUUGCUUUUCGUUCUGAUCCUUGUAUUGUAAUGUUGCUGUCCAGGACAUGGUUUCUGUUCUUGUGGUUGUAGUGUAGCUGGUUUACCCCAGCAUGAAGAUUUUAUCUUUCGGUUAAA